AUGUUCCGGAUUAGCGUGUUAUUCCUUCAGAACUUCUAUGUUUCUGUGGGCCGCUUGAUCAACCAGCUGAAGGUGCCUAUCGUUUAUGCGCAAGAAGGAAUACAGGUGGACUACAACAAGUCCCAGAUGACUUCUGACGAGGAGAUCGAAAGGUUCUGGAGCGCCGUGAAAGGCAAGGCGAUAGCCCGAGAAUGCAGGCAGUUCUACUCUCAAUACGAGGGCCAGAGCUGGAAGAACGUGAUUUCCAUCGGAGAUUCCGAUUUCGAACGCCUGGGCACGCAGAGUGCCAUGGAGGAUUACAUGAAAGAGCGAGGCAUCGAACAAGAUGGCCAGCUCGUGGAUGUCGGUGGCCACAUGUACAAAGUCCGUACCAAAACGUUCAAGAUGGUCGACGAGCCCACGAUCGAGGAGUUGACGGUGGAGGUGGAGAUGCUGAAGGCAUGGCUCCCCCUCAUGGUGAAGCUGGACAGCAGCUUUGACGUCAACCUCAACAAUGCAGACGAUCCUGAAGUGCUUCAGUCCAUCGAGAAGACGCUGCGUGGUGAGACCGCCCACUGA